AUGCUGUGUACCACUUGCACGUCGAUCUUUGAGGAUGGAUCGUUCCAUGCGUGGACUGGGAGCGUGCAGCUCGUCUACUUGCACGAUGAAUGGAGGGUGCUGACGACAGCUUGGAAGGCCCACCACGAGUCUCUCGCUGCACUUCGCCAAGCCGCGUCUGAUGGUUGCUACGUCUGCUCUCGAGUAUCCAACCAGACCAAGGAUGCCGACGGUCCUACAUCCUACCAGAUCAAUGUGAGAACUGGCCUUCCUCUCCACCCGCACGACUUGGACGAUGGCCUGGUCUCUGUCAAAGGCGCAUUCGGGCUGAGCGUUCGAAUUGCGCCAUCCAGUGCUGAAGGUCGUAGUGGCUUUACCGUGAUCGACUUCGAUCUUGAUGAAUUUGAGAACGAUCACUAUGCUUUGGACCUCAGCCUGCGGUCUUUGGACUGCCGUUCAACCGGGAAUUCCACUUGCCUUGAACUUGGACAGCAUUGGCUUCGUCAGUGCCUCAACGCUCACCAGCUUUGUAGUCAAAGCCGCGAUCCAACCUGGUACCCCUCGCGACUUUUGCGUGUCGACCCCGAUGGAGGUAUUGUUCGACUCAUAGAGACCGCAUCUAAUCGACCGAAUGCGCCUUAUGCUACUCUCAGCCACUGCUGGGGUGUACAUCCCAUCGACGUCCUCACUCCUGACAACAUUGCAGAUAUGCGGAAUUUCGGCAGACGGGUCGAAGACUUUCCAGCGUCAUUUCGGGACUUCAUCCAAACCAUCUUGUUCUUUGGUCUGUCGUAUGUCUGGAUCGACAGCUUUUGUAUCCUCCAAGGAAGCUCGCCUGCGAGUGUGCAAGACUGGGAACGGGAGUCUCUGCUGAUGGAACAAGUUUAUGCGAACAGCCUGUUGAAUGUGGCUUCCAGCUCCUCCCAAGAUUCGCGUGGUGGGUGUUUUCAAGAACGAACGCCAUUUACUGGACUAUCUCAUCGGCUCGACUGGAUCCCUUUGACUGACAAAAGUCAACAGUCAAGCCUUUCUGGACCCAAAUCCAACCUUGAGAUGAUGGAGUGGGUGUUUGACUCACGAUCGGGCAUGGAAAAGCCACUGCCGCUACAGGCAGCGUUGUCGACGUUGCACGACAGGCGCACAUUCGCUCUCUCGGAGUAUGGUAGCAGCUCCAGCGUUCUCGAUCGAUUCGGUAGCCACCACCUCUUCACACGAGCGUGGGUCGCCCAGGAACAGCUACUUCCAAGUCGAAUGCUCCAUUUUGGCCGGGAGCAGCUCUGGUGGCAAUGCCAUGAGGCAGCAUUACUCUCAGAAACAUUCCCAUGCCAACGACCGGCACGACGCAUAGCAGAUGGGAGAAAUCCCGCAACCGCGCUUCGGCCUGGUGUACUCGACGCCCCCGAAACUGACCCAUAUCGGCUGUGGUCGCGUGUUGUAAGUGCCUAUACCCGCAGAGCUUUGACCAAACCGAAUCAAGACAAAUUGCGAGCCAUCCAGGGAAUAGCAGAUCGCAUUAUGAAGCAUGGAGCCGACGAAUACAUUCAUGGCAUCUUCUCGAGACACCUACCCAGAGCGCUUUGCUGGGCUCGAAUGGAAGGAGGUGCCCACCGUGCGGACCCUCCACGAGCACCUAGCUGGAGCUGGGCUUCGAUCGAUGGCCAAGUUUCGUUGAUGUUGGGCUAUGACCCCAAAGUCUCUACCCAAUUGGACCCUUUACCUCAAGCCCUUCUUGCGACAGUCUUGGUGGGUGCAUCAGCAGAAUUGAAUGGCGAGUGGGAAUACCUGGUCUGCAUUGGCAAAUUGCUUCCGAUGGCACGAGCGGAUGGACAAAAUCUUGGGUCCGACUCAAGACUGUGCACAUUCAAGGUUGGCAAUGCUUUGAUCAAGUUCGAGCUUGACAAUGCGCCCAAGGCUGGGUCGGAUCUCGAGCGUGAUCUGUACUUUUUACCAAUCUACGAGAGAGGCAGCCCUUCUGAGCCGGUUGGUAUUGCUUUGGCUUGCAAAGACGAUGGCUCCUUCUCGCGCAUUGGUGUCACCAAAAGGUAUAAGCCUUCUGCUGAGCCGGAUGCCUUGAUGGAGGCGUGUCGAAAGGCCAAGACAAAGUUGUUCCUUUUCGGUUGA